CACCAGACCCUUACACUAUGCGUGCCUCCGCCUAGCAUCCGAAACUCGACAAACGCUUCAACCGCCUCAACAUGGCCCUCGCAUUUCUGGCCCUCUUUGACUGUUCGAGCUCUGGUGCAUAACCCAGCAGCUGUCUUACGAAUCUCUAACGCAUUGCUCGUUUUCCACCCUGAAAUCAUGAUGAUGGCGUCCGCCGAGUCGGAAGGCGAAGAGUCUUUACCAACAACGCCAACGCCCAAGGGCGAAUCCAGCAAGGCUGAGGGCAAGAGACCUAAGGUUGUCCUAGCUCCGGUUGAGCGAUUCGACCGUCAGUCGAACCCAAUCGUAACGGCAUUGUCACCGCCUCCGUCCGCCCAAGCUGUCCAGCAGCCGCACCUUCAUCGCAUGAAGUCACAUAGUCGGUUAAGAAGCGAUUCCGGCUUAGCACUUCAUGGGAAUCAGGCCGUCUUUCGUCAACACGCCAGCUACAAACCUGAGGGCUCGUUUCCGAGUCGACCCGGUCCAGCCGCGGUGAACCUUGACGAUAAUGACAGCGUCGAAGACUUCAGAUUCUGCUUGGGUCACAAACCCAGUACAGAACUUCAGGGAUUUGUGGCCCAAGGCAAGGUUAUCCCAGACUUCUUUGCAAACUCCUGGGUUAAAAUGGCGUUUUCGAGCACGGAGACGGGGCAGCGAAUUCGCAGGUUCGCGGAAACCAGACACUCAGGGGCGGACAUGGACUUCGUGCUAAAGGUGGAAGAGUACACACGUGAGCUCGGGAAUAUGAUGUCUUCGAUGAGCUACAUCUCGUCUCAUUUCACCAGCACGACAGCGACAUCACCGCUUGAGCUUCCGCCGGAAGUCUCAAACACGCUAAGGUCAAAUACGAAGUACUGCGUUAGAUCAGCGCUGCCGGCUCUCGACAAGCUCUAUCAGGAUGCGAAGUCGACGGUAGAGGAGCGGUUGUCCCGGGACCUCUAUCCGGAGUUUGUCAAGUACCAGUUCUCGCAGUGCUUGACAGCCUCGCUAGCGGCGGACCGCUCCUUGACUGGGGAAUUCAAAACCCGCUACCCCGGGCUGGGCGAGGCCUUUUGUCUCACUGACCCGCUUAUGCCCGAUAACCCCAUCGUCUAUGCUUCUGACGGCCUUUUGGAGAUGUGUGGGUUUCAACGGAAAGAGCUCGUGGGCAAAAACAGCCGGGUCCUGCAGGGCGUGGCUACAGAUCCUGGGGCGGCUCGCCGGCUCAGCCAGGCCGUCGCGGCGGGACGAGAAUUCACCGAGUUACUACUUAAUUACACUCCAGACCAGACUCCCUACUGGAACUUCUUGUUCAUCUGUCCGUUGAUGGAGCAUGGGAGCGUCCGCUAUUUCCUCGGCGCGCAGGUAAACGUGUCGGAGAACAUGGGCCCCGAGUACAAGGACAUGGAGGACGUGAUGAAGUUUGGCCCGCCUCCCGCCAGCUUCCACCAGGCCCGGGUGCCAGCAUCGCCCACGUCUCCCAGUCAGCCGCCGCGGCGUGCCUCCAGCACCUCCGAGUCUGCGCAGUCCACAGAACAGCCGACCGAGAGCCCAACCUCCCGUCGCUUUCCUUUCUUCAGACGCUUCCGCCGCAAACCAUCCUCUGCCCGCACAUCGUCCCCCUCGCCUACCGCGCCGUCCGAGGUAUCUACUCCAUCGCAGCUCCCUGGUUACUUUUCGCCACACAUCCCCAUCCUCCGCCCGGAAGAUCAAUCCCAGCGGGUAGACGAGUACAGCACCCCUUACUCCCGCCACUUCGUCAUGCCCUUCUCGCCGACCGUCCCCAGCCGGCGCGGACCUCGACUUACGCGCGACCGCGAUCCGCCGCGCCUGCCCAUAGCCUUCUGCUCCACCUUCGCGCUCUCUUUGCUCGGUCUCCGGCAGGACGCGUCCCACGUCGUGCUCAACCGCGACAUCUUUGAGGUCCUGUCGACUCAGCUUGGUUCGCCUAGCGUGAACCGUUCGUUUAGGAAGAGUGUGAUGGCCAAGCUGGCAGCGGGAGAAAGUGUGCAUGUGGAUGUGAUGGUGCCCGCGGAGACGGCAAGCGGAGCUGGUGGUGGUGGUGGUGGCAGUGGUGGGAGGGCGGCGUCGAGGAGGCCUUCGAGGACUGCUCCUCCGCCACCUCCUGCUCCACCCCCUUCUAUUUCAAAUCCUUCCAAGGCUGGGCCGAGUAAACCGUCCGAGACUCCUCCUCCCCCUUCGCCCAAGACCGAAACACGACGGCCGUCGGAGACUCCUACUCUUCCUAGGGGUCGUGGUGGCAGUGGCGGUAGUGAAACUGGGGAGGGCAAGCCAAGGCCAAGUGGUACAUUCGAACGCGGGGCGGAGCUGUUCAGUCAGGUCUUGCACGGUGGUCAGGGGAAGAAGCUAAGGCGGUUUGUGAGCAGCUGGGUGCCGUUGAAGGAUGCGGAGGGGGAAAUUGGAUUUGUGGUUCUGGUGCUCACGCCGGGGGAUGUGGCCGCUGCAUUGGGCUGAAGACUUGGAAGCUGAAAGGAUCCCGGGAUGCCGCUGGGUACGGCUUACGGCCUGGGAGUUCGGCUACCCGGGAAGGUUCUAUGGACGUUUAACGGGGCUACGAGCCU